AUGGCACCAACACAGUUCCUGAUCACUGGCGCGGCUGGCUAUAUCGGAGGGACUGUACUUACCGAUCUCCUCAAGAAAUACGAUGCUUCGUCCGUCAGCGUAGUUGUUCGCAAGCCCGAACAGCGUGAGCUCUUCGAGGGGCUCGGCGUGAACAUCGUCCUGAGCGACAUGAGCGAUGCCACCAAGCUCAAGUCCCUAGCACUUGAGCACGAUGUUGUCUUCAACUAUGCAGUCGCAUUCGGUGGUGACGAAGCAAGCAUUCAGGCUUUGGUAGAUGGCCUUGAAGAGCGUGCGGCGAAGACCGGUACCAAGCCUGUGUACAUCCAUACCGGUGGUACUGGCACAGUAAUGUAUGGCGCGGAUGGCAAGGCUGGGACAGAUGAAUGGACGGACGAGCAGUAUGAUCGCUGGGCUUCUCUGCCGAAUACUGCGUUCUUCUACGGAGGCUACAAGAUGAUCGGCAAGAUCUCGGCAUACACUAUCCUGUCUCCCACAGUCUAUGGCCGUGGUACCGGGCCAGGCAACAAGCUUUCCCUACAGCUUCCAGCUUACACUCGGUACGCAAAGGAGCACGGCCAAGCUGCGUACAUUGGAGAAGGCAAGAACAUAUGGGGCAACGUCCACAUAGAAGACCUGUGCGAGCUCUCAAUCAGCGUCGCCCAGUAUGCUCUUGCCAACCCGGACAAAACCACAGCUUCUGAAGAGUGGCACGGGUUUGAGACAUUGAUCUACUCUGGUGUCGACACACACACCUGGGGUCCAGUGAUCGAGACGCUAGGUGACUUGCUACACGCCCGUGGCGAUAUCAGCAAGCCUUCUGCGAAACAGAUCGGUGAAGGAGAGGGUAUUCUGUAUAUGUUCGGUGGGAACUCGUGGCUGGCGAAGAGCAAGAAGGCCGAAGCGCUGGGGUAUAAGCCAAAGCAGAAGGAUCUGAUCACUUCGAUGAAGGAUGCUCUCGUGACCAAAUGA